AUUGAUAAUUUAAUCGUUUAGUAUCCAUUAGCUUCAAAAUAUACACGUUUACAUUUGGUAAAAAUUAUUUCGAAGUGAUUUGUAUAAUUUGUGAUAUCCGAUUUGCCUUAAUGGAAGUAGUCUAUCGAGCAAGGCCCCGUGGUACGCCGUUUUAAUUUCACCGAUCGGUCUGUCUGUUGGGGCGGCCGAUGUCUACCUAGAUAGCAAUAAUAAAAUGUAGGACGAUAAUCAGACGCGUCGCUUUGUUGUAUGUUAUCCGGCGUUGUUAAAAUACGAUUUGACUAUGAUUUACAGAUUUUUAUACGUGUACUCUUUGUAUUAAUAAAAAGUGUCUUUGCAGCUUGUGAAUAUUGGGUAAAAAGGUAUAAUAGAUAGUAGGAAACUAAAUUAUACGAUUACCCCCAAAAAAUCUAAUGCAGUCCAGAGCUCCGACUCAGCAAGCAUUGAAGACAUCUGAGGAUCUAGUGUAACAUAAGUAGUUUAUUUUUCAACAAUAAUAGUUUCGGUUUUAAUAAAUUGUGACACUCAUUGCGUUAAAAGACUCUAGUUAGUGUUCAUGUGAACACAAAGACUACAAGAAAAUGUGAUUUGAUUUAAAAAUAUAUAUAUAUCUGGUAUUAGAAACUAACACCACACGUUUUUCUGUGAUAUAUUGCUAAAGUAAUACUGGAAUUUUCGAUCUAUAUACAAGAAGACGCAAUCAAGAUAUAAUGUCCAGCAAUCCUCAGUGGAAAAUGUUCCAGCCGCCAGAUUCACACCCACAACCUCUGCAAGAAAUCCUUGAUCAGCAUUCAUCCAUGCAGGCCAAACAGGCUUAUCGCAAUGGUACAUACAGCAGUGAAUAUCCCAGUUCCCCAAGGGAUAACUUCAACAAUAUGAAUAAAGGUAGCGGCAACCGCUUCUCUCUUGGCAACUACAACAUAGACGGAUGCCCCAUGGGUGACUCAGUGGGGGUCUACUCAUCAGGGUCUGCUAACAAUUCCUCGUCUCAGUACGAUUCAAUGAACCAUCCACCUAUUAGGGAGACAGGAAUAAUUGAAAAAUUAUUGCACUCUUAUGGGUUCAUACAGUGCUGUGAAAGGCAAGCUCGCUUGUUCUUCCACUUUAGCCAGUUUAGUGGCAAUAUUGAGCAUCUUAAAAUUGGCGACCCUGUGGAAUUUGAGAUGACCUACGAUCGUCGCACUGGGAAACCUAUUGCUUCAACGGUCACUAAGAUCGCACCUGAAGUGGUAUUGAGUGAAGCAAGAGUUACAGGCACUGUGACUACUGAAGUGAAAGGAGAAGGUUCGGGUGACAAUACAGGGAGGAUUUCGUACGAGAACCGUGGUGAAUGUUUCUUUUUGCCAUACACGAAGGACGAUGUAGAGGGCCAUGUGACCUUGCACACUGGGGACGCUGUUAGCUUUCAGAUCGCGACGAAUCAGAGGGGCACUCUUGGCGCGUGCCACGUAAGGUUUGAGAACCCCGUACAUCCAGUGAAAUAUCAUGGAGUGGUGUGCUCUAUGAAAGAGAACUUUGGAUUCAUUGAGCGGGCUGACGUGGUCAAGGAGAUUUUCUUUCAUUAUUCCGAGGCUAAGGUUAAAGAAGAACUGACUUUAGGAGAUGAUGUCGAAUUUACCAUACAAACUAGAAAUGGCAAGGAGGUAGCUUGUGGCAUUACGAAACUGCCAAGUGGGUCUGUGGUAUUCGAAGAUGUGAGCCCCGAGAUAAUGCGCGGCCAGGUGUUGAAGCCGCUCGAGCGGGGCAACAUGGCGCGCGUGCCCCAAAACGACCCGCUGCCCGGCCGCAUCCGAUACCGCGCCGCUGAUCAUUCCGAAGUUGAAGUUCCAUUUGGCGAAAAAGAUCAGUCUGGCGAGUUUACUCUCCGCCACGGUGAUUGGGUCCAGUUCCAAGUGGCCACCGACAGACGGGACCAGUUGAAGCGCGCCACCAACAUCUCUCUGCUGGACGAGUCGUUCAACGUAUCCGGGGAAAGGAGGGAGCAAGGUGUGGUGACGUCUCUCAGGGAAGGGUUUGGGUUCAUCCGCUGCGUGGAGAGGGAGCAGACGAUGUUUUUCCAUUUUGCUGAAGUGCUGCGUCUCGGCCACGAACUGAGCGUUGGUGAUGAGGUGGAGUUUACAGUGGACCCGGUGAACACGUUCUCGAACAUGAACUCGCGCCAGUCAGCUAUCCGCAUCAAGCAUCUUCCCCAAGGAACUGUUCAGUUUGAGACCUUGGUAGAGCGCGGAGUUAGGGGAGUGGUUACUAAGGAGGCCCAGAUGGUCUCGGCAGGGUCUAGUCCUACCCCAGAUAGCAACGGAACGAUCGGUUGUCAAAUCAAUGGGGUUAAGAAAUCGCUACCGUUCACCGCCAAGAAAUGUGAAUCAAAAAUGCUGCCUAGGGUCGGCGACAAAGUCAUUUUCGAUGCUUAUCAGGUGAAGAGAAACAAGGAGCUGAUAGCAAUGGCCGUCCAAGUCCAACACAGCUUGACGAACGGGGCCAGUAACGGGACGGCCACGCGCCCCGUGCAGCAAGGGUUCAUAGCCGCUUUGAAGGACGGCUUUGGAUUCAUUGAGACCUCUGACCAUAAUAAGGAGGUGUUCUUUCACUUCAGCAACUUGGAAGGAAGCCACGAUUCACUAGAGCUGGGCGCGGAGGUGGAAUACAUGUUGGGGCGUGUCAGCGGAUCGGGCGGGGGUUGCGCGAGCGCAGAAUUCGUGCGCGUUCUGCCUCGAGGCACGAUUCCGAUCGCUAAGCCGCUAGAUGCUACACUCAAUGGAACCAUCACUAGAACGUUGAGAGCGCUUAAUCCGGAUCAGGCUCAGUAUUCUGGUUUGAUCCAAGUGGACGGUGGCGGUGCUUCAUACGAAUUCGGCAUCAUGGGCCUGGCGUGCAAGCGGGAGAUACUCCAGGUCGGCGAUCCUGUCACCUUCCAGGCGGACGUGGAAGGUCGAGCCACCAACAUCGUGCCGAUCAGGAAGAAGAGACGCGCCACUGUUGAUGCCAUUAAAGGAGUUUUCGGGUUUCUAUCGCUGGAGUCGGAAGAGAAUCGGCGGUUGUUCUUCCACAUGUCCGAGGUCCGUGGAAACUCGUCCGAUCUGCAGCCAGGCGACACUGUGGAGUUUGUGAUGCUGACCAAUCCUCGCAACGGGAAGUCUUCUGCUUGUAAUGUCGUUAAAGUGGGUGCAAAGAGCAGUGUGAAGGCCCGCAGCGAACGGCCCGAGCGUCUCCUGGCGCGGCUUCGGACCGCUUCGCUGGAGGAAGCGGCCGGGCCCCGCGUGGUGCUCGCGAGGGCCCCGCGCGGCCCCGACGGCACCCGGGGCUUCCGUCCGCGGCGCCCUGUCGCUGAUCUGUUAGCCGAGUGAGACUGGUGAAGUUUUUCAUACCAAGGCCUCAACGCUCUACAGCUAUGUAGAUAGACAUCAUAAUGGUUUGAUUUUCAAAUUAUUUCAUUGUAUUCACGUGAGACUGACUGAACCCUUUUCUUUAGCAGCAUUUAGAAAAUUGUUUCGUGUUUUUAUUUUUAUUAUUCUGUGACAAGACAAUGUAAACUAAAUUAUUGUCAGCUACCACACAACCGAUCAAAUGUAUGGCUUAUUAUAUCGAAUGAGCAAUGAACAUAUCAAUUUAAUCAAACCAAGUUUAGUUGCAAGUGCAUAUAAGUAUGCAAAAGUCGAUUUUGAUUUACCUAAGUAAGAGGUUCUUUUUCGCAUAGACUGUUGUUCAAAAUUCCGCUUGCGCCACUCUUGAGCACUGGUACGGUUUGCCAAGUUCAAUGUGAGUAAUGGCCGGCACAUAACACAUGAAGCAUCGCCGCUCGACACCACGCGCCUCACAUACUCAUCUCGUGUAAAUAUUUUUUAUUAUCUAGCUAUUAUCAUAAAUCAUAUUAUUAUGCUGCUCGCCCACGUGUUUUUUGUAUAUUGUAAAAUAAAAUUUAUUUAACAUGAAUUACGUAGUUGCUUAAAUUAUUAUCGAUUGAAUAAAUUAACAACAAAUUCUAUAGGGAUACUAUCCACAUUUGUUGCCGUAUUUAUUUACGUUUGUAGAUCUCUAUUUGCGAAACGUUCUGUGAUUAUAUGAAAAUUUCGUGUGCAAUAAAUGUUUUAACAAAAAAAUAAUAAUAAUGUCCCUACAGGGCACUGCUAGUCUUUUAGUAUUAUGAUUCCAUGAGUCUCUAGGGCGCUUCAUCUGAUAUGUGUCGUCGUGACCCUGCCCACGGCUAUCUUCCAAACGAACAAAAAUUCUAACAAAACUAUCGGAAACUAAGCAUUUAAGUAUGGAGAAGUAUGCGAUUACGCUGGCAUGGAACCAAAGACUGAAAAUAUUUAUUACAGUAAUGAUAUUGGUAUUAGAUUAUUAUAAUUUACUAUAUGUUGUGAACAUUCAUGGUACUGAUGCGUUUGUAAAUGGUUAAUUGUUCGCUGUCUGUGCAAAUUUUUUCUGUGGCUAUAAGAAUUUAAUCAGUUCAAGCGGGACCAAAUGCUGAUAGAACUUUUAUUAUAUUGAUUACUGACAGAUAGUGCAGCUCAAUCCACCGUUUGGCUUACUAUUGUAACUAUUUAGUAAAAAGACGCGUCAUAGUUAAUUGUGACAAGUAUUCUAAUGACAAUUAGUAGUAUAUUACUUUGCCGAUGACAAUUUUAUUAUCAAAUAUAUAAAUUACUUGAUUUUUUUAAUGGAUGAUUUUAAUAUGUAUGUAUUUAUAAAAGGCUCGGUUUCUUAAUAGGCUAGUUAACAAAUUUCAAAAUCUCAUCAACAUACGUUUUGUGCAUGCAAUUGUUGGUAGAUUGAAAUCGUACCAUAACUAAAUUAUCUUUUGUACCAUAUCUUUUAGCUUAUAAAUGGAAAAUCCGUUUGCACUGAUUAAAGUUCACGGCUAACGUCGGUUGAAGCGAGCGAUCCGUCACUAAUUCGUGUUUAAUGAACUGAUAUUUGUAAUAAAGCAAUAUAAAUGUGUUCAAGUACAAGUAUCAAUCGGCUAAUUUAUAUAUAAUUGCCGAUUGUACUGAGUCCAAAACCGCGCGAGCCUUGUAGCUAAACCAGACUCCUUUAGUUUCUUUUAUAGGAAUUUACAUAAAUAGCUUUAAGAACUUUCUCAUCGAAUCUAUACCUACAAAAAUUAAAUGUCAGCUUAGUGCAAAUAUAAUUAUUGGCCUCGGUAUUAUUGCGACCUGGAGAAGGCAUUUUGUGAAGCGUCGGGCGAUGACGCGGUGGCCUUAGCAUGUUAUGUUCACGGCACCUUAUAUUACCUUUUUAUGUGUUAUUUGUGAUGGACGCGAAUGUUAUUGAUGUUUGAACGACGGUGGCACUCUACACCAAAAUUGAAUUUAUGUAAUUUUAGUAUUAAGUAGUUAACAAAUUGAAAAAUAACUGUUAUCGUGCCCAACGGCAAUACCAAAUGUGACUUUAAUCGAAUUUUACUUGUAUCAAGUUUCGUAUAGACAAAGACUGUGUUAUCAAUUUUGGUGUGGAACGGCCAUCUUAAGGGCUGUGUAUGGGAAAUGUUAUUCGUAAUGUUAAUACUUGUUACCCCAAAGAAGUAACUGGAAUUUUGAACAAACGUUUUAUGCCUUUAUGCUUUAAAAAUCUACUUUUUUAUUUUUCUUUUUCGUUUUGCUGUAACAUGUUUAUCUACUUUCAUGUAACCAUAUUAUAGUAAUAGUGGACUUAUAAUAUUCAGAAUAAUUGAUGUUGUAGUGUACGAAAGGCCCGGAUCAUUUCGGGUAUAGGUAUUAUGGUAUAGUAGUGUAACAAUGGCGGAGGAGGCCGGCGGCACCCACGGUAGUAAGGCCCGCGCUUAUUCUAGUCACAGUCCAUUUGUGACGUAUAAAAUUCUAUGAUUUUGAAAAAAGAAUGUAAAGUUAUGCAGUUGAAAUGGCCUUCUGCAUAUCUAAGUCGUCUUAGAAUUUUAUACUUUAUAUCUGGCUUUAUAAGAUUAGGCGUGGGCUAGUUCAUAACCGCGUCGGUCCCGCCUGCUUCCCCGCCCCAACCACAUCCUUGCCGAAAUCUCUCACUCGAGUUCCCACGUAGUUAUGAAUUUGGCGAACCAAUUAAUAUUGUAAUAUAAUGAAUUUCAGUGCCUAAAAGAACCUCUGGAUCACAAACCAAAAGAAAAAUAACUAUGUUAAAUUUAUCUAAGGCUUUCUGAAUACAAAUUUUGAAAUAUUCAUAA